UCUAAAGAACCACGACGCUGACAUCCGGCGAGACAAGGCGGUGAAAAUGUAGUAAACUUUUCUACUAGACUGAAGAAUUUUCUCUGCGUAGGCUAAGUUUUCUGUGAUUUAUUGUGUUUGUAAGGCAGCUCCUUUUUCGAUGGAUCCAUCCGGAAGUAUGACAUUAAGCGGCGAAUCUGAGGAAUACUAAGCGUCGAACCGGAUAUUAAGCAGUGAUGAGCGACCAGGAUGAUCCGCUGGCUCAGCCCCAGACUACACCUCGCAGUUCACUCGGCUCGGGUGUGCUAUCGUUUAGCAAUUCUUCCAUAUCACCUUCGACGAGCUCGAGCGGCUCGCAAGGAUCGGCCAAAUCUGCCGUCAGCGAAUGUUUGGGAGCAUGGCUGAACUACUUGCAGAUCAUGAACAACCUGUGUGCCGCCGGAUAUCGCCUCGCCCAGACCAUAGCGGCCUUGGAACCAUGGGCAACACUGGACCAGGCAGGUCAACAACAGCAACAACAACAGCCCUUCAUUGCCUCGCAGAUACCUUCGCACAUGGCCUUCCAGUUCAUCACGGCCUGGGAUGAUCUGGCGCGGGCCUCGGUAGUCGCCACCAGUACCGUCAAGUCCCACAUCGUAAGCGUACUGCAGGAUUUCAAAACUCAGCCGCCUGGCUCCGUCGAGCAGGAAGGCGAACUUCAACAUAUCAGAGAAUACAACCAGCUGAUUCUGCAGGACAACGCUCAAACUAUGAUCAACCUCCAGCACCAGUUCUGCGUCGCGUCCUGUGACUCCUUCGCUCAGCUCAUGUGCUGCUACCAGUGUCAAACUCAGGUCGGCUUCCCGCAUGAUCCGGAGUGUCCGAUGAUCCAGCAUCCAAUGUCCGCGGCAGCCACCAUAGCUCGCAGUGACCAGCGAUCGCAAACUCCUUCGCCCCACUUUGGCAUGAAGAUGCAGGAGAAUCGCCUGUACGAUCGGGGUUCAGUCUCCACCCAAGGAUCCUCCGACCACGGCACAACCGCUUACGAGCAAACCCGCGGACCUUCACCGCACGACAUUCGUGGACCAAGCCCCAUCCAGGGCUACCUCGACAACAUCCGUGGACCACUCCCGAACCCAGGACAUCUCUCCGGCAUGAAGGCUCCCUUCUACCGAGGCUCGCGCAGUCCCCUCAACUUCCCACUCUUCACGCUGAACGGACAACGCCGCUGGUCGGAGGCGGCCGCCGGCGAGGUCAACUCCGAAUCCGCGCUGGACGCCGAAAGCCAGAUGCGCCGUUGGUCGAUGCCGUGGGAAGCCAAGGCGGACAAGACGACCGUCCACUGGAACCAGACCCGCAUCAUGCCCAUCUCGAAGCUGGCCGUUCCGCAGCAGUCCGCCGGGCAGAAGUCAUCUACGGGCGAUCGAAGCCAGAGCACUACGCCGGACUCGACGUGGCACUCGUCGGUCACCAGCCAGGACGGGCUGGUUGAGGCUAUUCAGUUGCUGUCUUGCCGGCCGAUAUACCGGCUGCCGCCGAUGCCUCCGGCAUGCAUCGGACCGCCGUUCGUGGAGGAACCGUCGAGCAGUACGUCGCCGAACGCCCAACAGCAACCAUCCCAGCAGCAACCCCAGCAGCCCGGCCUGUACGGCAUCUGGACCCAGCAGAACCCGCCGAGCGCCAUGUUCCGCCAGCAGUCGAUGCAGGAGCAGCAGCAGCAGCGUGGAAUGGUUCCGCCCUUCAUGCAGUACAUCCGCGAGCAGGAAGGAUCGCUCGACGAAAACCCACCGCCUUAGACUGGAUAAGGAUCCCAAAAAAAAACUUGACAAGCUUAAUCUCACAAUGAACUCGCUAUGAUAUGACCAUACUAGACGAUAUUCGGUGCAUUCUCUCAUACUCAGUGUAGUAGCUUUGUUGCUAGUCAACAGAUUGAAGGAAAAAUCUCGUAACGAUUACCAGUUUGACUCUUCAAACGAACAAAAAAUUAAGCUAGUUUGCGAGGAUUGUUUAAUGUUUUGAUGUUAAAUCUCAAAUUGAAUUCAAGUAAGCCAAAGCACAAAUCCAUGAUAGUAGUCACUAAUCGUAUAAUGUAAAAUCUAUACAUAUUAAUGAAAUCAUUGUUAUCAAUUUGUUUGAAAUUUGUGUAAAUUUUCGGUUCUACAAUAUUUUUCAUUAGGGGUAACUCAUGUGGUGUAGUGUUUUUGCUGGACUCUCCAAGCUGUUAAAUAAUUUCAUCUUACUAAAAAAAUACCGUGAUUUUCCAUUCCCCUUGAGCGUAAAU